AUUUAUUCACGAUACCCACAUUUGAUGGAAAAAUAUGUUGAAGUUCGUUGUAUAAAAUAUUUAAAAUUUUUUAUGUAUGAUUACAAUUCCGUUGAUUUUAAUUAGAAAUUAUGGACUCCUUAAGUCGUCCUUCUCGAUGAUUUUUAAGCUCUUUUAUAUUCAAACUUGCAAUACCGUUUUGUUGGAUUUUCAUGUUUGAAAAUUUCAUUCUUUAUUACACCCUUUGAAAUCGCCUUGCUUUUUUAACAUGUUUAAGGCCUUGAUUUGUAAAAUAUUAAACGAGCCUUUUAAACAUUGAUUCAAAAAUGUAUAGUAGAAGAAGGUUUCAGGGUCCUUUGGACUCACACAAUCCUGACGACGAUAGGCGCAGGAAGACUAGAUCCGGCGAAGCGUUUGCAAGACAUAAACAGAGGUAUAAUGAGAUUCUAGAGAGGCGUAAAAUGAUGGACGAUCGUCGAAAUGACAUACCACCACCACCUGUAAGAUAUGGUAGGAACGAGUAUAAGGACAAAUCAAUGAUAAUAUGCAGAUACUUUUACAGAUUUGGCACCUGUACCAAGGGUGAAGCUUGUAUUUUUUCUCAUGAUUGUACUCCCCUGAACUCAAAGGAUUUAAAGCUGUGUCACUUCUUUGUAAAGAACGAAGGGUGUAAAAAGACCGCAGAAGAAUGUAAAUACUCACAUGAAAUCCAUAAAUUCCUAUGUAGGCAGAAUGUAAUUAAUGGGUUCUGCAACUUAGGAGGAAACUGCCAGUUCAACCAUAUGCCGCAAGACUCAAUACAGAGGAUGGACGACACCGAGAAGCUUAAGUUCUGUUACAACAACAAAAAGUUCCUCGUAAAGUCUUUGAUUAACUUCUUAAUUAAUGAUAACUGGAUUAAUCCUCAACAUAUUGGGGUCUGCGAUGACGUCAAAGGAUUAACUGCUAUCGUAACUUCGUAUAACAAUAUACCUGAAAAGAUUAUUAAAACCAUCCCUUGGUAUCUGCAUUACACACUUUUGAUUUUAGAGAAGGAUCUAAAUACUAUGCAAGCUAAAAAUGAACAGCCUAAGUCAUAAAAACGAGUUUUUAUACAAUAUAACCAAAUAAUUUAAAUUUAAAACUUAAUGUUCCGUUCGUUCUUGCCAAUAUCGACAAUGGUUCAAUCAGUAAUGUAUUGGGAAUAUAAUAAAUUAAAUUUAUAUUGUGCUUAUUCUUUAGUUAACCAUCGUACGGAAUAUAGUUUUUUAUGGAUUUUAUUCUGCGUUUAUGAGAUUUC